CAACUGUGCGGAAGCUAUUGCCCGAAUCUUGGGGUUUUCUUUGCCCUGUACACACACCUGAUGGGGAGCCCUGUGGAUUGUUGAAUCAUAUGACCCGCACUUGUAGGGUUACGUCAUUCUAUGAUUCUGAAGGAAAUAUUAAAGAUUAUUUUAAAAUUAAACUUUCUAUCCUCAACAUUUUAGUUGAGAUUGGAAUGACACAAUCAUUGCCAAAGAUAUUUCUACCUGGCCCACCCGAAGUUCUUACUGUUCUUCUAGAUGGUUGUAUUGUCGGUUUUAUCCCUUCCACCGAGGUUGAGAAAGUUGUCGCUCACAUUCGAGAACUCAAAGUUUCAUCUGCUGCAGUGAUUCCAAAUGAUAUGGAAGUCGGAUAUGUUCCAUUGAGCAUGGGUGGAGCAUAUCCUGGCCUAUACCUUUUCACAUCCCCUUCAAGAUUCGUUCGCCCAGUGAGAAAUUUAUCUAUUCCUUCCACCAAUGAAAAUGUUGAACUCAUUGGUCCAUUUGAACAGGUUUUUAUGGAGAUACGAUGUCCCGAUGGUGGAGACGGUGGAAGAAAAAGUCCAUUUCCUGCAACUCAUGAGGAAAUCCAUCCUACAGGAAUGCUAAGUGUAGUUGGUAAUCUUACACCAUGGUCAGAUCAUAAUCAGAGUCCACGUAAUAUGUACCAGUGUCAGAUGGCAAAGCAAACAAUGGGAUUUUCUUCACAAACGAUUCAACAUCGUGCAGAUCAAAAGUUAUAUCAUCUUCAGACUCCUCAGACUCCCAUUGUUCGCACAAGGGCAUAUUCUGAAUACAGUAUUGAUGAAUAUCCAUCAGGCACAAAUGCUAUAGUUGCAGUUCUGGCAUAUACAGGAUAUGAUAUGGAGGAUGCCAUGAUUCUAAACAAGUCAUCUGUGGAACGAGGAAUGUUUCAUGGACAAAUAUAUCAGACAGAAACUAUCGACUUGACAGAGAAAGGCGGCAAGUCAGACCAAUCUGCAAGAGUAUUUAGAAAAAGUAAACUAGAUAAACCUUGUCCCUCGAUUGAUUCAGAUGGGCUUCCACAUGUUGGUCAGAUGAUAUGGCCAGAUGAACCCUAUUGUAGCACUUACAAUGAGGUAACAAAUAAAACAUACCUCUUCAAAAAAAAGGGUUCUGAACCUGUUUAUGUUGACUAUGUUGCUGUUGACACCAAAACUAAGAAGAAUUUAAAUAAGGUGAGUUAAAACAUUCACUAUGAU